GGAUGGAAGUAGAGGAGGAAAAGCAGAGAGAGAGGAUGGAAGUAGAGGAGGAAAAGCAGAGAGAGAGGAUGGAAGUAGAGGAGCAGGAGCGGGGACAGAAAGAUGCAAUGAAAGGAGAGGAGGGGACUACAAUAGACCCACAGCUCAAUCCAGACCCGGCUACUCAGAACCCUCCCUCAGAACCCCCCAUAAACAUCCAAAGACCAUCAGACCGUCCCAUAGAGCAAUCCCCAGACCUCCCCCAUGUGGACCAAGAGGACCUCUGUGAGAACAUGUUCAAUCAGUCUGACAACCAAUCAGUCUUGUCCAGUCUUUCCUCUCAGUCUCCCCCUGCCUCACCCAUCCUCACCCUUUCAUCUGAUCUCCCCCCUCCUCUCCUGCCUGUUAGCCCUUCCCACCCAGAGAGCCUCAGCCUAUCACAGAGCCGCCCUGAGACCUUCAGCCUAUUGGAGCGCAAGCCUUGGUCACAGAGGGUCUGGCCAGAGGGCGGGAGGCGUGUCUUAACUCACCUGGUGGAGGGCUUCAUCAUACAGGAGGGGCUGCAGGCAUUCCCGGUGAACCGCUCGUCUCUGUUGUUGGGAGGGCAGGAGGCUAUCUCCCAGAAUGGAAACAUAGAGGGGGCCGAGUUAUUACCGUUGACAGACACACCAGAGCCACCGGAACAUUCCAGCGAAUCAGAACAAGAGCGUGUGGCUACAAGUGACCCGCUCACAGGUCCCAGAGAGAGACAUAGGGGAGUGUUACAUUGCGAGUCUUGUGGGAAGAGAGGCCACGCCCACUCCUUCCAUCGCUCCAAGCGAUACUGCUCCACUUCCUGUGCCCGCAGGUAUAAUGUAGGGCUGUCCAAGCGUCUGCGUGCCCUGAGUGCUGGCAGCCAGCCAGAGGGGCGACGCUCUGAGAUAAACAAGGUGGAGUCUGUGCCUGGGAAGCCUCUCUUACUGCGACUGCCCCGUGAAAUAUGGAGAGCCCAUCGCCGUGACAACGAAGAGGAGGAGGGGCAUGCUGUUCCCACGGCAGCCAGGCUGGAGCGCCGAGCGGCACGGACGGCGAGGAGGGCCUCAGAGCCAGCGAUGACCCAUGGUAACUCCACUGUGACCUCUAGUGACUCCCUACCUGCACAGUGGAGCGUCGAGCAAGUCUGGGACUUUAUACACACACUGCCAGGGUGUGUCGAGGUUGCGGAGGCGUUCCGUGUUCAGGAGAUAGACGGCCAGGCUCUGCUACUGCUCACUGAGGACCACCUGAUGACCAGCAUGAACAUCAAAUUGGGACCAGCUCUCAAGAUCUGUGCCCACAUCAACACACUCAGACACAGAUAGAGAGGGAGGAGGAGAGAUGAGAGAAGGAGGUGAGGUGGGAGGAAGAGAAGAUGGAGACAGAAAAAAGGUUAAGAGGGCUGGGUGUGGAAAAAGAUAGGGAAAAGAGUGAUUGAUUGAUGGGGAAGAGAGAGGGGAUGAGAGAGAGGGGGUGAGAGAGAGAGGUGAGGAACAAAGGACAGCGAAGAUGAGAGAUAAAGAGAUUAAUUCAAGAGAUGAAGAGCUAAGAGUGAAUCAGUGAGAGAGGAGAAUGACCUUUUCUAUUCUAUUGUGUCUGUGUACAUAUUUUACAAUGCCGUCUAUUGGGUGUAACAAACUAUUUAAUUAACGAUUUGUAACAUACAUUAUCAUGUAUUUGUGUAUUUGGUUAUUAUUUUAAAAUGUGGCAUCACAUGUAAAUUGUAAAAUACUUUUUGAUUUUACACAGUUGAUACACAGACAUUUUCAAAUAACUUUGUGGAAUUGAAUGUCUUAACUAAAUCAAUGAUUAUGUUUUUAUAUAUGAUCUCUUCUGAGAAAAAGUUAGAUCUUAUUUGACUCCUAACCAUGUCAAUUUUGUCAGAUGUCAUAAUGUUUUAUUUUAUUCUGCCUCUUAAAACUCAGUAAUAAAUCAAAUUAAUUUAU